AUGGAGCGGCAUAAUUUUGGGGUAGAACGAAGUCGUCUUGCUCUCGCGUUACUCACUCCUCUCUCAAAACUCAUCGUUUUCUCUCUCCGGGUACCUAUUGUUGUCCAUCCUCACCCAACGAUUGUCGCUUGCAGCCCACCUAAGGACGUCUCCGCCACCUAA